AUGUCGUCGAUGCAGAAGAACAGUGGAGCUACCGCGCGCCUUACAAGUGGAGCGCCGGGGCGUGAUGUCUCGGUGACAAAGCUUUAUCUUAUCGCGUCGACAGCCUACAGCUGCGCCCAGGGCUGGCUGCGUGUCGUCGUGACAUCGUCUAACAUUAUCCCCACCCCAUACACCGCCAGCUAG